AUGGCGUUCACGCUGCCGGUCGCGGCCCCAUUCAGGGCCAUGCAGCUGCACGGGAGUGACGCGUACCCCGAUCACCUGACGCAUGCUGAUGCAACCCGCUUCGCCUCGGCUGCAAUUCUGGAGCUUUAUGAUAUCCUCAACGCCUGCGGGCUCGGUGACCGCAUCGACAUUCUAUUUGAUGCCGGCCACACGCUGCGCCGCCUGGCCGACUGGUCGCAGCUGCAGGCUGCCGCGGAGGCGAUCAAGGCCGCGCAGCAUGGCGGGCAGCCGGCCCCAGGGCAGCAGGGCGACUGGCAGCAGCAGUCGUCCGCGGCGGUGGCCCGUUUCGGCCCUGGCGGUGACCGCUCCGCCACGCUUCGCGCCAUGCUCAAAGACGCCAUCCUUCUCGCCUCCGCAGAGCUCCUCUCCGGCCUGCAGCUCGCCGCGGCCACCGCGCUGCUGGCACGGCACGGCGUCAACGUGGCCGCGCCUGACCUGCUGCAGCAGGGCCGCCGUUUGCAGGAGUCCGCGCAGGCGCUCGCGUCGGCGCAGCAGGAGCUGGCUCAGCAGCGGCGCGCGGCGGCAGAGGGGCAGGCCGCCGUCAUGAGGCUUUAUCAGCAGGUGAGCGCAGGGGCGGCCGAGCUGCAGAAGCAGGCCGUGGCACUUGCCAAGGCCAAUGCGGCGGUGCAGGCGCUCAAGAGGGCGCUCGUGGACAGGGGCAUGAGCGCUGCGGAGGUGGACGCCCUGGUGGCACACUCGCAGCACAACGGCGGGGCCGCAGAGCUGCCAAGCACUCGGGAGGGACCAGCUGCCCCGCAUGACGCAUCGCACCUGGCGGCGUCGCGUGGUUGCUCUCGCUCACCACAGAGUCCCGCUGAGUAG